AUGGCGGACACGUUCUCGGGCCUCUGGCUCCUGGGCUUGCUCCUGCUUCUCUGGACGCUGCGGCUCACAGGCACGCUGCGGCUCACAGGCACGCUGCGGCUCACAGGUACGCUGCCUGCUUUCUUCCCGCGAGCCCUCUGGCUGGCACAUCAGGGCGGCUUUCAUCCGCCCGUGCAGCUAAGUCCUGGGCACCUGUCUCGGGAGGUGUGCUGGUUGCGUCUGAACAUUGCAGACUUCCCAGGGGGAGCCUCCGGGGAUCGGGGAGAUGGUUCGCUGAUGCCUCGCCCAGGUGGCCCCCACCUCGCUGCUGCUGUGUUAGCAGACUUCCACCGCCAGCCUGACCGCUGGCCCUCAGCCACGGCGGAAGAGCUGUCGGUGACCCACACUGGUGCGCCCAUUUUGGUCUCUCUGGCCAACAAGGCCAUUUCCUUCGACUGCAGAAUCACCUACCAAGACAGCCCCAGAUUCAAGAACUUCACAGCCUCGUACUUUUAUAUGGACCUCCAGAACCGGAGGAGCACCAGCGAGCAGAUUAAGUGCCCACCCAACCUGGGCGAAGAGAACACUCUGAAAUGUGAGGUCACCCCCAAGCUGCCCAAUGCAUCGGCCACGGGUACCUACUAUUGCUCCGUGGACUGGCCCGACUUCCGUAGAAUCAGCGAAGGCGUCUUCAUCCUGGUCAGAGACAUAGGGUACCGAGGGCCCCCGCAGGGGGCUCCUGGGGGAGCCUCCUCCCUCCUGGACCGAAGGGCCCCUGAACAGCAGCUCCUGCUCUUUUGCUUCACUGGCAUCCUGAGUGUGCUGAGCAUCUUGGUCACAGCGCUGCUGCUCUGGAAGAAGAAGAGGAUGCAGGCUCCUCGGAAGCACUCGGACCCGAGCGCCCACAGCCAGCAGCAGCCCCCGGACGAAUCCGUCUACACGGCCCUACAGCGCAGAGACACUGAUAUCUACUCCUGCAUCCAGAACGAGGCCAGCAGCCUGCCAACCACCCAGAGCCUCCACUCCCAGGCAUACCCACUGAGCAUCUUGCAUCUGGCUUUUGCCCGGGCUCUUCCCUCAGCCUGCCAGCCCAUCCUCCAGACUCCAUGGACUCUCUCGGACACCACCCCUCCCCAAGCCCUCUUCACUCUCUCAAGAUCCACCGGCUCUCUCGGCACCAGCCUGUACCGCAGACUGUAA